AUGGCGCUCUCUUGCAGAUACGCAGCCCAGAGCUGCGCCCGUCAGCUCCGUGCCACCGGCUCGCUGCGUGCCUCGACAUCCCUCUUCCAGAUCCGAACGCCCGCCACCGCACGAAGACACAACUCCACCGAGGCCGCCGCUCCCACGAACCCCAAGAUCGCCGCCAUCGUCGACCAGAUUAGCACCCUUACCCUUCUCGAGACCGCAGACCUCGUUUCAAGCUUGAAGUCCAAGCUGAACAUUCCCGAUCUUCCUGUCGGUGGUUUCGCCGCCGCUCCCGCAGCAGCCCCUGCCGCGGCUGCGGAGGUCGAGGAGGCUGCGCCGGCGGCCGCCGAGAAGAGCGUCUUCAACAUCAAGCUCACGGCCUUUGACGCGGCCGCGAAGGCCAAGGUCAUCAAGGAAGUCAAGAACCUGCUGGGUCUCAGCUUGGUGGACAGCAAGAAGUUCGUCGAGAGCGCGCCGAAGCUGAUGAAGGAGAACGUGGCCAAGGACGAGGCUGAGAAGAUCAUCGCCACGAUGAAGGAGCUUGGCGCCACCGUCACCAUGGAGUAA